AUAAAUUAAAAUUUACUUUUUUCGCAACAAUAUUGAAAUUCAUUCGUUGAAUUCAUAUCAUUCCCCCCUUUUAUUGACAAUCAACUAACAAAUAACAGAUUUAUAUAAUAAUGUUACCCGAAAAUAUUGACGAAAAUCAAAUCAAAAAUUGGGCUCAAAACGAGUUAAAUUUAGAUUUAAAUGAAGCGCUCAUUCAUGAAAUGUUAAAGAAACGAUGUUUGCAACAAGUUUUAAGUUAUGUCGUUUGUAAAGUUAAAAACAAACGAAAUGCUCAAAAAUUCUUCAACCAUGCAACCAUGAGAAAUGUGUCACAACAGAUCGAUGUAAACAAUCAACAAUUUAAGGAUGUGAUCAAUGAUUAUAAUAAUGAGCCAGUAUUGUUCCAAUCAGAGAUGAUUGAAAAUUUUGAUAAAUUCUAUGCUGAAAUUGCCAAAUCCAAUCAUACUAAAACAAUGAUUGACAAAUUUGAUUGUCAUAGUGAAAUAAAAAACAUUGAUGGAUUGAUUGAACAAUUGCGACAAAAAAUCGAAUCAAUGGAAACAAAUGUAUUCAAAUUAGAUUCGGAGCAUUCCUUGUCGGAAGAUUCGACGACUGAAAUAGCUAAAAUUCUUGACAUAAAUUUGAAAAAUAUUUCCGAUCUAUAUCAAAUGAUUCGGAAAACAUCUAAAGAAAAUAUGACAAAAAUAAAUCAACUUGAUGAUGUACAAAUCGAAUCAUCAGACACGACAGCAACAAUGAAUGAUCUAAAAGAUCGAUUGCAUCGGAUUCGAUCUUCAACAUUAUCAUGGAUGGCCAUUAUUGAUAAUUUUACAAAUAAAAAUUGAAAUUUCUUUUGCGAUGAUACUUGUUGCUAAUAAA